UUUGAAUUGGUGAAACAAAGAAGCUGUAAAUAAAAUAAUGAAAAUUAUCCCAGUAUCACCUUGAAGAACGUCGCUAAUAAUAGACUAGCGCACUUGAUAACUACGUUAUAGGUUUAGUCGUGCUCUGCGUGAAGUUAAACUUCGUGGAAUCAGAGUAGUCAUUUUGAACAGGCCGCGCAUAUCUUCCAGGGUAUUUCGCAUUCACAAGUUUGUAGAAUUAUCUUCAAAAGUUUCUAACGUAAAAAUCAAUCAACUGGAAUUCAACGUCAUUUCUGUUUGAAGACGUGUGCCAAGAGAUAGGCAAUGAUAAUGGACUGUCCAUUGUAUCGAGUAGUCUUGUUACGUCAAGUUAGUUCCAAGAUGGAAGGUGGUCGUAGCAUUGGUGUUUUGGUAAAUAUGUCAACGUAAUUUGUUAUUUGUCGAUUGAAGACAGUGUCGUGUUGUUUAAAGAAAAAGAAUGGGCGCUAAAGAUUCCAAACCGUGUUGUAUAACAUAUGAAGAGGCGAUCAAAAGAGUGACUGACGCAGAAUUAAAAAGGCUUAAGGAAGCCUUUAAGAGGGUGUCUACCCUAAACGGAAGCAUUACUAAGCAAUCUUUUGUGAGAGAUGUAUUAGGAGAAGGAGUACCUUUACCAGUUGCAGAGUACAUUUUUUCGGCAUGUGGAGGUACACAGAAAGGAAUAGCUUUGAAAGAUCUUCUGUGUGGCUUGGUUCUAUUGACAAGAGGAAAAGAAGAAGAAAAAUUGAAAUUUUUAUUCGGACUAUACUCAAAUGAGAGUGGAAGCUAUGUGGUUCGAGAAGAUUUUCAACGUCUCUUGCAAGCAUGUGAAAGUGGAUAUGUUCCUGAGACUGUAAGCAGCCUUUUUCUUGAGAAAGAUCGAGUAACGUAUGAAGAAUUUCGGGAUUGGCUGCGGGCUAACCCAGAGGCAACAUCUUUGAGUAGAUGGCUGUUAUCGGAACCUUGUACUGUUACUUUAAGCAAUGAAUUGGAAACACCCACCUUCUAUCAGACCCUAGCAGGAGUUACUCAUUUGGAAGAAAGUGAUAUUAUUGAAUUGGAGAAGCGUUAUUGGCUGCUGAAAGGCCAGUCUCGUACUGGACGACUUGAUCUAGAUACAUUGAUACCUCUCAUCUCUCCUCCUGUACCUUUGUCUGUGUGGGCUGGUGUUUUUGCAGCCUUUGAUGAGAAUCGUGACUCUCACAUUGAUUUUAAAGAAAUGGCAUGUGGCAUUUCAGCUGCUUGUAGGGGCCCUUUAACAGAGAGACAAAAGUUUUGUUUUAAAGUUUUUGACAGUGAUCGAGAUGGAAUUCUGACCGAGGAAGAGCUGAGACACAUGAUUGAUGUUCUUCUUUUUGUCAGACAAGAAAAUAAAACUCCCGAAGAAUUAUCUAAAGACCCCUUUGGAAAAGUUGAUGCAGGAAGUAUUAUGGCUGAUAUUCGCAAACAUGCAUCUAGUCAACAAGGCCUCACAACUGAAGAAUAUUUGAUGUGGACUGUCGAUAAUUCAUUAUCUGUAGACUUUUUAAAUCUACUAUUCCAGGUUUGCCAUGUAGUGCUUGGUCUAAGGCCUGUUUCACGUCAGGAGGAAGGAGCUGUAGUGCGUGGUUGGCUAGAGCGUGAACAGAGACGUGGUUACAGAGUUGGCCAGUUUUGGUAUCUUGUUGCUGUUGACUGGUGGCGAGCUUGGCAGGAUUAUCCUGGUAGUGAGAAUCCAGCAGUAACAAGUGGUAGCAACAGCAACACUGGUAGUUUGAAGCGCAAUGCUCGUUCAGCAGGCAAUGGUUGGCGAUUACAACAGCAAAGUAGUGUCACAGAUGAAACUACUGCAAUUGAUGCAAAUUUGCUCUUGGAGCCUGCCCUAAGCCCUAAAAAAGGCAGUUCUACCUCACUAACAUUACUGGCACAAGACUGUUCAAGGCCUCCCAGCAGUACUUCAAGUCCAAGCCAUUCUCCUCGUCAGCCGCGAAAAGUAGGUGGAGUUCUAGGAUGCCCCCUAUCUCCUCCUGGUCCCAUUGACAACUCUGUCCUUGUGGCACCAUCUACAUACAAGGUUGUGACACUUACCGGUGAAGGUGGCAAAUUGAAACGCAAUCUUGUUCUGAUGCAUUCUCGGGAUUUUGAACUUGUACCUGAUUCCUUGUGGAAGGCUCUUCAUCAGUGGUAUGGUGGAUCUCCUGCUCUUCCACGCCAGGUCAUCUUACCUCAUAAUAGUCAGCAAGUUGAAUUAGAAUUGUUCCCUUUGAAUCUGCGGUUAUUGCGCCAUCAAACUCCUCCAAGUCGCACUCCUCAAACUGCCUGGUCAGGAAUGGUGGGUGGCUAUGGAGCAGCAGCAUUGAGUACAACUGGAUAUGCAUAUGUAUCUCACCUUCCAAUGCCUCCAAAACGCCAACUUGCUUACAUGGCUGCUUUCAGUCGAAUGGCCACAGUGAAACAGGUUUAUGACUUCCUGUGUUCACGUCUUCGACUCAGACCAGAGGACAUGAGACUAUGGCAUUACCGUGAUGAAAAUAACAUGAUGCUAAUAGAAGAUGAAGAACCUACCCUGGAAGAGCUAGGUAUAGUAGAUGAUGAUCAGCUUCUCAUAGAAGUUCGCAAUAAAGAUUUAACAUGGCCAGAAGAGAUGGGAUCUUUGGCUAAUCACAUGCAAGAUAAAAGAAAGCAAACAGCUGCUCCAGCUGAAAAGGGAGCUACAGGGCUGAACAAUUUAGGCAACACUUGUUUUAUGAAUGCAGCUCUGCAAUGUGUUAGUAAUACACGAGCCUUGACCCAAUAUUUUACUGGUAAUAUGCAUCUCUAUGAAUUAAAUAGAACUAACCCUCUGGGAAUGAAAGGUCACAUUGCAAAGCGAUAUGGAGACUUGAUUCAUGAUAUAUGGAGUGGUACUGCGAAGACCAUUGCUCCUUUGAAAUUACGGUGGACUAUAGGCAAGUAUGCACCAAGGUUUAAUGGAUUCCAACAACAUGAUUCUCAAGAACUCUUGGCAUUUUUACUAGAUGGAUUGCAUGAAGAUUUAAAUCGAGUUCAUGACAAGCCUUAUGUAGAACUAAAAGAUAGUGAUGGUCGUCCAGAUGUGAUAGUGGCUCAAGAGGCAUGGGAAAAUCAUAUUCUCCGGAAUAAAUCAAUUAUAGUUGAUUUAUUUCAUGGUCAACUCAAGAGUAAAGUGACCUGUAAAGUGUGUGGUCAUGAAAGUGUUCGUUUUGACCCUUUCAAUUAUUUGUCGCUGCCAUUGCCCAUGGAAAGUUAUAUUCAUGUUCAAGUUAUAGUAAUUCGAUUAGAUGGCUCUGUGCCAGUGAAGUAUGGUCUUCGCCUCAAUAUGGAUGAAAAGUACAGUGCAAUAAAGCAGGCUCUUGCUCCCUUAUGUGGAGUGUCUGCUCACCUCCUGCGACUAGCAGAAAUAGCAAAUUCUCAGAUUAAAAGUGUGCCUUCAGAUGAACAGAAGAUAAAAACAUUGGUGGGCAGCUGUUUGUAUGCUUAUGAACUUCCUGAUAUUUGCUCCAGCAUUAGCGAUGAAGAGCGUCUUUCCUUGUGUUCUAUUCGCUCCACAAGGGAAGCACAGACUUUUACUGCCAUUCAGCGAUCAACUCAACCUCGCUCUCAGCUUUUACCUGCAGGUGGCAAUGGAGCUCAGCUACGGCCUUGUCCUGGGGGUGAUGCAGACACAGUGCAGAGCCCCAUACCUCCUGCUACCUCUCUCCCCCCUGUUGCUAGUCCCAGUAACAACGGUGAAAGCAAUCCUCCCCUGGCUACUUCCUCCCCUCACCUGCCCCCAGCCAGCCCGCCCAGACAGCCAACCACCGACACCUUGGAGGUAAGCUGGCCCUCCAGUCUGUGCAUGCCUGCUUCACUCAUGUGCUUCAAGCAACUCAAUGCUGGCAGUGCCAAUUCUAAUGGACCUGCAAGCAUGCCUGUAGAAGAGGCGGUUCCUGUUGUGGCUCUGCAGCUCCGACAUUCCAGUGCCAAUACAAGUUCCAGUUCUGGAAGUUUAGCAGGCCUAAGUGACUCGGAUAUUUCAGGGCCUCAUGGCUUUGUGAUUGCUCUUCAUCGUAAAAUGAUACGACAAGAUGCAUAUUUUUUGUCAUCACAGAAAACAAAGCCAAGUUUAUUUGGACUUCCUGUCAUAGUUCCAUGCAGUGACUCAACUACUCAUCAAGAUUUGUACCAAGCUGUGUGGGUACAAGUGGCACGACUUGUUUCUCCUCUACCUCCUUCAGAGAGUGCUGCCCCAAACCAUGCGCAGGAUUGUGAUGACAGCCUGGGCUACGAAUUCCCGUUUGUUCUGAAAGCAGUGCAGCGAGAUGGCUCUCAGUGUGCAUGGUGUCCUUGGUAUCGGUUUUGCCGAGGGUGUCGGAUUCAGUGCUGUGAUGCAGAGUUUAACUUCAGUUGUUCCCAUUUGGCCAUUGAUUGGGAUCCAACUGCUCUGCAUCUGCGCUACCAGACUUCUCAAGAGCGGGUAGUUGUGGAUCAUGAGAGUGUGGCAUUGACUCGCCAGCAACAAAGUGAACCUAUUAAUCUUGAUUAUUGUUUGGAAGCCUUUACUAGGGAAGAACAACUUGGAGAAGAUGAAAAGUAUUACUGUUCCAAAUGCAGAGAGCAUCAAUUAGCUAGCAAAAAGUUGCAAAUUUGGAGGUUACCACCGGUUCUUAUUGUGCAUCUUAAGCGAUUUCAAUUUGUUAAUGGAAAAUGGGUAAAGUCACAGAAAGUUGUAAACUUUCCUUUCAAUAACUUCGAUCCCACAUCAUAUCUUGCCUCAGUUCCAAAACAAACUGUCAUUCGGCAUUCAGAAUUAAAACAAGCCAGCUUAAAUGAAAAUAGUUGGUGCAAUAAAGAGGAAGACAGUCCUUCAAAACUUGAUAAACCUGUAAAUGGCGAUGUUGAUGCUGUUCAUAUUUCAAAUUUAUCAAAUACAUUUACGUCAGACUUAAUAAUAACAAAAGAAGAUAACGAAACCCAAGAAUUGGUUAAUAACAAUGUAAGUACUGUCACACGAAGUGUGGAGGAUGACCUGAAUAUUCAAAAUGGUUUGCAAACUAAUCAGUGUCUGCCAAAUGGAGAUGUUCCAAAGUUACAAUUAUCAAAUAUCAUAACUCGAGAAAGGCUAAAGUCCACAUCAUUGGUGAAGACGCCCAUCACUGACGGUGCUUUACAAGACUUCCAUCAACAUAGGCUUGUGGAAGGCAGUGAUCCUUUUGAUCUCAAGUAUCAUCUUUAUGCCAUAGUGUCACAUUCUGGAAUUCUGGGAGGUGGGCACUAUGUUUCUUAUGCUUGCAAUCCCAAUGGCAAAUGGUAUUGCUACAAUGAUAGUAGCUGUAAGGAGGUGAAUGAGCCGCAGAUUGACACUAGCUCAGCAUACAUGUUAUUCUAUGAGCGUGAAGGGCUUUGCCAGCAACAGUACAUGCCCAGCAUAGCUGGCAAAACACCCGAUACCCGUGACCUAGAUGAUGACUUUGAAUCGGACUUCAAGAGGCUGUGUUGUGUCAUGUGAAGAACUUGUGGUGUGCAGAGCUGCCCGCUGUUUUCUGCUGCAUGCUUUUCCUCCUGCCAGUAUGUGUGCGCGGUGUAUGUGUGUGAGUGGAUGCCUUUACAUGUGCAUAUGCACAUGUGUGUCACAAACUGCACAGCUCUGAAAAGAAAGCCCUUUCCAAUUGGUUCUCAUACUCUUUGUGUGUAUUAAUAUCACAUUGAUUUCAAAUUCAAAACUUUUGCUCAAUGUUUGAAUGCAUUCAUUAGUCAUAUGCCUCUUGUUAAUAAUACGGUGAAGCACAGUCCUAUUGUUACUCACCACUAUAUCUUCCGUAGUAGUGCUUUAUUGCUUGCAAGAUGAAUGUGAAAUCUGCAGAGAUCAUAGUUAACCCAUAAAGGGGUGAUAAAAUUAAGAAAAAUAUUUACCAUGAAACAAAAAAGAAACAAGGUUCUCUGUCAAAGGAAUUUUGUUUUUAAAGAAAUAUUAUAGAUGUUUAUUGUUGAUUAUGAAUCACAAUUACAAGCUGGCCUUGUCAUGUUCUUGUGAAAGUUCCUUGUUCUUUUUUUGGUAGUGGUAGCGAUUCAAAUAUCAUUUAUUUGAUAAAUUGUGAUGACCUGACAUUGUAUUAUACUCCAUAUUACAUGGCAUAUAUUCAUGUACAUAAAGCGAUUAGAAUGAAAUGUUAGUAUGAUAGUUCUGAAUUUUGGAAAAAAAAAGGAGUAUUCUUAUUUGCUGUUUUUAUUUAGAAUAUUGUCAGUUUUAGGUUUUUUAUACCCCAGGAUGGGUGAUUAUGUUUGCAGCUAUAUUAAUAUAUUUUUUGAAAGAAAAAGAACAAUACUGAAUGAUGUCUGAACAGUCAAUUAUUUAUUAUGGAAAGAUUUGCAUAAUUGUAAAAUUCAACAAAAUGUGUAUAUAUUAAAGAAAACCAUUAGAUGCACAGCAGCUGAAAAAGGCAUGUUAAUAGCAUAAUGCUUUUGCUAGAGAAAAAUAUGUAGCUUUUUUUCUCAAGAGAACAGUGUGCUAUUUAUACCACAUCUAUUUUGACUGCUUUUGUACCGAUUUGCAGUUUAAAAUAUUGUACCUCAAAAUUGAUGUUUCACAUGGUUUUUAGUAUUGUACUUGUUUUUGCAUUCCAUACAUCUAUUGUUGUUUUUAUAGUAAUGUGGAAAAUAAUUUUUGUGGUGUAAAUAAAAGCAUUUAUUUUCUAUGACAAUAUAAAGUUUAUGCAGUUUGUUAAUUCUGAAGAAGCACUAACAUUUUAAAAAUCAAGUGAGGUAUUUUAGUUUUUAAAUAUUGCUUCUGUUCUCUUUCUAAUUUAUUUCUUAUCAUCCUUAUUUACUUGCACUUUGCCUUUUUCCUUACAAAUCUGUCACUUUGGUGCAAUACAAAAUAAUAUUCUGUAUCAGAUCUUUUGGUUUCUCUUUUUUUUUUUUUUUUUUACAUACUGUCAUCCAGGAAAGUAUGCUUUUGAAAUGGUUUAAUGCUGUGGACAUGUCUUAAUGCUUUUAUUAUGUCUAUAUUAAUUUUCUCUGUUCAUAUUGUUUUCUGUAUGAUAGUAGUAUUCUUCUGUACCUGGAUAUUACAGUCUAGCAAGUUAAAAAUUAAAGUAUUAAUAUAUGAGUGAAUAUAUAUCUAAAUGUGCAUAUGAUAUUUAUUUUGAGGAAAAUUUGCUACACAAUUAUUUCAGCAUUCUUAUUUACGAUUUUUCUCUUUUCACAACUGCUGUUCAAUUUAAUUUAUAUGUGAAGCCAAAGAUCAUAAUCUGCUGUUGGAUGAUUAGUUCUUAAUUUUGAGAUAAUUUUUAUGUCAGAAUAAAGUUUAUGCAAUUAAGCAUACAUGUGCAGUUUUCAUUAUUGAUUUUUUUUUUAAAGUUAGGAAGAAACCUCUCAGUUCAUUUGCAUUAUUUAUGCAGAGCUGAUGAGUGACCUGUUAAUAUGUCCUGUAGAAAGUGUACAUGUAUAUUGCUGAAUUGUUUAUUAAAGCAAAGUACUUGUGUUUUCCUUCAUCACCAAAGAUAAGUGUUAAUUAUGUGCCAUGUUUGAAUAAAAAGCAUCAAAAGCAGAAUGAGCAAAUGUUUGUAAUUAUGAAUUAAGCAUGCUGAACUCAUGUCUGUAUCUUAUUUUUCAAUAUUGUCCAGUAUAGUUUAGAAUUAAGCUGUUAUUGUGUUGUUGUAUUGUUGUUAUGUUUAAAUAAUUGUUGUAAGUUUAACUAUCUUUGUGCAAGUAAAAAAAAUAAGAUGAAAAAGAGUAGUGAAAUCCUGUUAUAAGAGAGCUUAGAGUAAAUUUUCUCUCUCAUAGGUGGAAAUUGGGGCCUGAUUAUUGUUUCCUAUGUGUGGGAUUCUGUUUAAGGGCAUCUCUUAUAACAGGGUUAUGCCUUAAAUAUAUAUAUUUAGAGUAUUGUUUUCAUUAAUAUUUUAUUAAUAUAACUCCCCCCCCCCCCCGCGAUUAUUGAUUAUUUUAAUUCACACCAUGUUUUAUUGUGAUUUUAAAAGUAUUCUGAUUUGAAGAAAAUACUAGGUGAUUAGAAUUACAAUUACAAUAUUUCAAACUUUGAAACAUUCAGAAGCAGAGUACUACUUUCGGCAAUAUCUAACAUUUGGUGGGUGACUGGAAGAUAAAUGUUUUCCUACUUUUGUUCUCAAAAACCUACAAAUUUAGAGUUGUUCUUUAAAAGUCAAUGUGCAAUUUGUUAUAAAUGAAUAUCACAGUACGAAUUUCUUUGAUUGUCAAUGCUGGGAUCUCUGAAAGCUUUUUUACUAUUGUGCUAUAUAUUUUGAGGAUUCAGAAGUUUGAAAACUACUUUUGAGUAUUCUUUCUGUUAAAUACAAAAUUGGUGAAGCUAUGUUCAGAUGAAAAGUUAGUUGUUAUUGUAUGAAGUUGUACAAAGUUGGAAUGAAGAUACAUUCCUGCUUUGAAACAUCCAACAGUUACUUAUUACCUCAACUGUUGGUUUUAUUUAUAAAAUGGAAAAUGUUCCAGUGUAAAUUAUAAAUUUUAUUGUUAAUGAACGUUAAGUAAGAUCCUAUUUGAUAUAGCAUUUACUUUGGUACUUUCCGUGUGUGAUAUGGUAAAUUUGUGAAUAUUUUUUGUUGCUGUAGCAGUAAAACAAAAAGGGAAGAUCGGUGUAUUAUUUGGAUGGCAGGUAUGCAGUAAUGUUAUGUCUUAUUGCAGUUGAUAAAUCUUGGGAAACAUUUUUAAGUACACUUGUUAUAUUGGUCAGUAAAAAUGUAUGUUAUUUUUACACUAUUUACAUUUAGAGAGAAAAUAUAUUGAAAAUUUAUACAACUGAUAUUAUAUAGAUUAGUGAAUGUAAAAGCAUAUGGUUGUAUGUGUACAUUUAUUACCCAUAUAGUCAUGUGUAAUACUGUAUAUACAGUUUUGUAGAUUACUUACAUUGUUUCUCUUUGUGCAUAAUAUAUUGUUGAAAUGGGCUGUAGAUAAGGAUUGGGUUUGAAGAGUUGAGUUAGGCAGCAGGUGCAAUCUCCACUACCUAGUUCAUGCUUAUGUGACCACCACUGCUCCUUUCUCAGGUUCUUGUUUGUUUGUUUUGUUUAUGUAUGUAGGCAAUCCUGAGAAAAGAUAUUUUGCUAGUCUUAAAUUGCCUGUAAAGAUUGGAUUUAUAAAAGACAUGAACAUUAUUCAUUGAUCCGAUUUAUCCAGUUUUGCAGUCAGUUUUUUCUUGUAUGCAUGUAACUAUACAUGCAUGCGUAAAUGUAAGAAUGAAAGAGUGAUUAUGAAGAUAAAAAUUCCAUUAUAUCAUUAUUCCAGUUUUUUUAUUAUUAUUAUUAUUAUUAUUUUAAAAUUUGUUCUUGUUCUUGCAACUGUUCUUCGUUUGGCUGCAAAUACUUGCGGCUGUUUCUUCUAAGAGGUAGUAGUCUAUGGCUCUACAACAUGUGGAAGUUGAAUGUCUUGUUGAACUAUCUCAGUUGUCUAGUGUACUUUUCAGAGUAUAAUUUUUUUUUAAAGAAAAUAUAUCAUUCUUUCUGUAAGAGGUGAAGGCUGACUCAGAUAAAUAAAGAAUUUUCUGAAGUUUUUAGUUCUGAAUUUCAUAUGUACAUCAAUUCUCAAGUUGUUAAAAUUUUGUUAUCCAUAUUUAGACAUUAAUUGAAAAUGGCUUUCAAUGUGGUUAAUGCCGUUUGUCUAAUUGUGUUGUAGAGCUACACACUAAUUUUUUGUGAUGGAUAUUGACUUUUCAAAAACUUUGUAUUAGUAUUUUCAGCAGUAAAUUCAUCCUUACCUGGAAAUGAUUGGUGUAUACAGAUGUAUACAAAAGACUAAACUAAUGUAAAUAUGUAUUAUUUUCGUAUGAUAUGAGCAUUUCAGCUGCAAAUGUAUUUGAGAAACUAGUUGUGUGUCUGUGUACCACACAAAUGUCACUCUUAUCAUAUCUGUAACAGUAUUGAAAUUAAACGCUAUUAAU